AUGGUGGCGCCCGCUCUGCAGCUGCAGUCGCCACCAGUCGGCACAUCGUCGCUGCAACAACAGUCGCUGCCGUACGUGACGCCGGUGCUGCAGGAGUUCUCCAGCUCUGAGGUGAUGAAGUACCUUUCCCGCCAGCGACAGAACCACUCCACGGCCAGCUUCUGUCAGAUGCUGCACGAGGCCAAGUUCACGGAGGCGGACGUGAUCAAGAUCUACUGCGACUACGUGCAGCACUGNCUGCAGCUGCAGUCGCCACCAGUCGGCACAUCCUCGCUGCAGCAGUCACUGCCGUAUGUGACGCCGGUGCUGCAGGAGUUCUCCAGCUCUGAGGUGAUGAAGUACCUCUCCCGCCAGCGACAGAACCACUCCACGGCCAGCUUCUGUCAGAUGCUGCACGAGGCCAAAUUCACGGAGGCGGACGUGAUCAAGAUCUACUGCGACUACGUGCAGCACUGCUUCCCCUCGGCGACGAUGACCUUCUGCUCCUUCUACGAGUACUUCACCAAGAUUAGCUUCCUUCAGUUUGACGACGGCUCGCUGCGCAACGUCUUCCGCGCGAUGAACUUCAAGAACAAGCACCACAUGCUCUUUAAUGAGUUCCUCCUCGGCCUGGCCGCACUCGACUCUAAUGUGCCCAACUCCAAGCUGCGCUUCACCUACAUCUUCCGCUACUACGAUCGCAAUGCUGAUGGUUUCCUCGACGAGGAGGACUUCAAGCGACUGGUGGGGGACAUUCGCUUCAAGGCGAACCUCUCCUCUGAUCCGGCCGAGCUGGACAAUGACGUCAAGUCGCGACUGGCCAUUCUCAAGCUGCUGGACGACUCGAGGCGCAUCAGCUACAAGGCCUUUCUCAACGAGGCCUGUCACAUUGGCGGCAUCAUGCACCUUUUCCGCACGAACAAGGCGAUCCUCGAGGCGGUCCACUCUCGCCAGGCAUACGAGAUCAUCGUCAACAAGUACGGGAAGCCGUUCAGCCGUUACCAGCUGGGCACCUGCGCCAAGUGCCGCCCCAAGAAGUACAGUCUGGCGUACCACGCCGUGCGGAUCAACGUUCAAAAUCGAGUGGAGAACCCCAAGGCGCUGGUCAAUCUGAGCUGCGGUGAGCUGGACCGGAAUUUGCAGUUUGUGGAGCGAGCCAAUGAGCAGCAGUUGAAGCACUCCAUUGAAGUGGUCUUCAAUGAGAGCGAGGUGGCGAACAAGGUGCUGGCGCUCAUUCGAAAGAUGGCCGAUCUGGGUCGGAUGUCAGCCGAGCAGAAGAAGGAGGUGAAGCGACAGGUGGCCGCCGGGCUGACGGUGGAGCUCAUUAGGAAGCUCUGCAAAGAGGUGACCUCUAUCCUCCUGGUUGAGCCUCGUCUGCUGAAGGUAAAUGCGCCCUGCUUCGUUUUGGGCGACCUUCACGGCAACAUUGACGAUCUGCUGAUCUACGAAGACCAACUGUGGCCGCUGGCGCCGAUGGCGAACGCACCGAAUGUGCUCUUUCUAGGUGACUACGUCGACCGGGGCGACUACGGCAUCGAGGUGGUCUGCUACCUCUUCGCCAUGAAGAUUCUCGCGCCCACCAAGUUCUUUCUUCUUCGUGGUGCACACGAGAUUCGGGACGUCCAGAGAAAGUUUUCCUUCUACCAGGAGUGCAAGAACAAAUACUGCAAAUCGUCCUCUGACACGAACAUCGUCUUUGAGGCAUUCAACGGCGCCUUUGACCACCUGCCAAUUGCUGCCGUCAUCGACGAGUCAAUCUUUGCCGCCCACGGAGGCAUUCCCUUUUCGACCACAAAAAUGGAGAGCAUCUUCAAAAUUCCCUGUCCACUGGUUGACCCUUACUCUCAGUCAAAGAUAGCGUGGGAGAUAUUCUGGUCCGACCCAAUCACCGACGCCCAGUACAGCGAGCUCUGUCAGGUGAAUCCCGCCAACUUAGCCAAUGACUGCUUCCUGCCGAACACUGUCCGCGGGACGGCGUACUACUACACCGAGAAGGCACUGCAGAACUUUCUAAAAGCCAAUGAGCUGUCGCAUGUGAUCCGAAGUCACGAAUUCGUCCUGGAAGGCUACCGCUUCCACCACUCCGGCCAGUUGAUUACGGUCUUCUCCAGCAGUAGAUACUCUGGCUACCCGAAUCGAUCUGCCUGCGUCUUCGUCGACAGCCGUGACGCCGAGGGCUUCCUCAAAGUCAUUGCACUAGAGACCUAUGAUGUAAAUGCUGCUGUUUAA